UUUCGUUUUUUUUGACGUCCAAGUUCCACGUUGGUAAAAAUGGGGAAAAUUCAGUACCAAAAUCAUGUUUAUAAAAAUCUAACGGGGUUAAAAUAAAAAAAUAUAAACAAAGAAUAAAGGACGCAAUAAAACGUUUAAUAUUCCAGCAUAUUAUUAAAGAAUAUAUUGCAGUUAUUGCCGACAAACUACUUUGAAUACUAGCAGCGCCCUAAUUUCGGCAUACGUGUCAAACAAAAUGGAUUUUUCGUUCAUCAGGCAAAACGAAGAAGACUAUAACUUAAAAGAGGAUUUAUUUAAUACAAGAAUAUCCAAAUGUACAUCCGAAGCAAUGGAAGAAAAUUGGUCAUCAAAUACUGAUGACAUCUUGGAUUCUAUCUUCCCCAUGGAUUUUCUCAACAAUUUAACAGACAACCAAGGUGAGUUUGGAACCUUAGGAGAGUUUAACGGACACAUGAAACUGGAACCCGAAGACUAUGAAAUCACCGAGCCCACAUUACCUGAGCCGUUGUUAUCACAUAGUAAUGCUAUAUCGAGUAAUUCAUCUGACAGUGGUCUUUCAUCGGAUAACUUAGACGCGGAAAUGAGUCCUCCUUAUGAACCCCUAAGUCCGUCUUCACCAGGGCCCUCAAUAAGUGAACGAGGAGGUAAAAGGUCACCCGUGGAAAUAUCGUCUUUGGAAGUUAUUCAACCUGCAAACAAAUUAAUUUGCAGUAAUGAACAUAAACCUAAAGUGAUAGUUCAAAAAGUACCACAAGUUGUGACUUUAUCAAACACUGUUCAAACUCCAACAACAAUGGUACCACUACAAAAGAAUCAAUAUCAUAAAUUUAAUAAGCAAUCGUCACAACACCAAACGGUUGUAAAUGGGCAUCGUGGAAAUGAAAUUAAAAUUGUAAAAUUGUCUCCUCAAAUGUUUACAGCAGCAAAUAACAAAAAUAUUACAAUUCAAGUAAAGAACUCUAACAGUGGAGCGAAAAUUCAAGCUAAACCAGGCACUUUAUUCUUGAACAAAACUAAGUUUACUGAAAUGAAAAAUAUUGUUCGUGUACAGAACAAUAAUCCUAGAUCCAUUCUUAUACCAGUUUCUUUACAAGAAGUUAAAGAAUUAAAAACGUUUAAAAUAGUAAAUACUAAAGCAGUCCGUUCAACUCCAUCGAUGAUUCAAGAAGCACAUGAAACAACCAAACAGCACUUUCCAACGAAACAAAUUGCAAAAUCCAAUACUGUAAAAGAAGUUGAAAUUAAAGAUGAAUUGCAGGAUGAUUCUUUCAUCGAACACUCUUCUGAUUCUGAGAGCAUUAUAAUUGAAGAUGGUUACGAUGAUGAAGAUUAUGUACACGAUCCAGAAGUCCCAUAUCCAAAACUUGCUCUAACUUUAGAAGAAAGACGUCUUUUGAGCAAGGAAGGCAUCACUCUACCAACCCAUUAUCCACUUACAAAACACGAAGAACGUGAACUAAAAAGAAUUCGCCGCAAAAUUCGAAACAAAAUAUCUGCGCAGGAUUCGAGGAAACGUAAAAAAGAGUAUGUUGAUGGUCUAGAAGAGCGUGUAAAACAAUGCACCGAGGAAAACCAAUCGCUUAUGAAAAGAAUAAAACAGCUUCAGAAUCAAAAUCAAACCCUUAUGUCGCAGAUGAAAAAGUUACAAUCGCUACUGACAAAGGGAACAAACAAAACAACACAGCCAACAACUUGUUUGAUGGUAUUAUUGCUAAGUUUAGCUCUAGUUGCGGCUCCUAAUUUAAAAUUGGGGCAAAAUCAAAAAGAAGCCGAUUUGGAAGAAGUUGUUCAAGAAACAAUAUUACAGAAUCGUCGAAAUCUUUUAUUUAACACUAAAGAUCAAAGCGCUGAUGUUUUUGAUGAAGAAGUCAACAUGAGUGAUAUUGUUUCGGCUAUUGAAUUUAACAAUGAACGGGAGAACAAAGCUGUCUGCAAAACAACCAGCAACGCUCACAAUACAAACUUAUUAGAUGAGCAGAUAUGUAAGAAAGUUAAAAUUGAUAAAACUGAUUUCUUAGACGAAAUAGAUGAUGAUAAUUGGUACCAAUCCAAAAAGAACCAGAAAAAAUCAAGUGAAGAAAUUGCAGAGUUUUUGCAAGAAACCAAACAAAAUUUACAGACAAGCGGCUUCAAUAUAGACAAAAAUUAUCCCGCCCAAACAGCUGAAGAACAAAAUCAACAAAGUUGGCUCGACAAAGAUAUCCUCGAUAUGGUUUCUCCCACUAUUAAUGGCUUAUAUGAAUUAAAUAUGGAUAAAAUAACACAAGGAAACUACGUUAAUUCCCAUCGUACAACAGUUCUUGAUGUGACAACAAACCAAAUGUAUGGAAAUCAAAUAAACAAUAAACAAAAUUCGUCGGUAAUGAGACAGAUUAAGAAGUAUUAACGGUUAUGCAGACAAAAAAUACAAAAUUUAUGAAAAUACUAUUUCCUUUCCAUUAACAUAAUAUAAAUCUAUUUCUUUAAAUUGUUUACGUUUAUUUUUUAUAUAAGGUAAUUAAUUAUAUUUUUUAAAGUAUAAUAUGUGCUUUAAAAAUUCUCCCUGUCGUAUAGUCGUUGUUCUGUUUUUGUUUUGUUUUGUCAAAAUUGUUUGGAAAUUAUUCGUAUUAUUGUUUAAAUACUUUUCGUAAGAAAAUUAGGCAUGAUAAAUUUACUUAUUUUCAGACUGUAAAUUUUAUUUAUUUAUUUAUACAGGCUAACAUAGUAAUCUUAAAUUGCUAAGUUAAGACUGUUAAAUUUGUGUGUGUAGACUGCAUUCUAAGUCUGUACAUACAAGAAUUUAAAUUAGUUAUACGAUAUUUUUUUGAACUUCUUUUUUUUACAAAACUAAGUAUUUUUUGCUUGCUUGAGAAGACAGUAGCCGCAAUCAAGUUUUAAAAUGACUAUGAAUUAAUGCCUUUAUGCAUAGUUCGUAAUCUGCAAGUGUUGUUUAAUUUUGAAAACUAUUGGCAUAAUAGCAUUGACUUAGAAGGUUACACUUUUUAAUUGUAACGGCUUUAGAUUAACGCUUUAAAUUAAUUGAAUCCUUUUAAUUUUAGCGCGACGGCUAUAAUGAUGUGGGUGAUUUGUAUAGAUUUUUGACUCAUUUUUUAUCAAAUAAAUAUCUUUUGUUUUCUCUGUUUUACAUCUAGAAGAAUAUAGUAUACAUAUUUUAUUAUUACUAGUUAUUCACUAAAUAUUUUACUUUUACUAUUAAGUAGUUGUACGUGUGUUUUUUAUAAUAUAUACAAAUUUCAUUUA